UCAAAGUUCAAUAAUGCUCCACAAGAAGAAGAUGUAGAGCGCUGCUGGAAGAUUCUGGAAGUCUCUUGUUUGACCCACGGAGUCAUAAAGACGAGAAGGGAUUUCGCCAUAUUUCACGACUAGAUUAACCUGUUCGGGGCAACUAUGGUGAAAGAGACUGGAUUUUACGAUAUGCUGGGUGUGAAGCCUAAUGCCAGCCCUGAAGAGCUGAAGAAGGCUUAUCGUAAACUGGCAUUGAAAUAUCACCCAGAUAAAAAUCCAACAGAGGGGGAAAGGUUCAAACAGAUCUCCCAAGCAUACGAGGUUUUGUCAGAUGCCAAGAAGAGAGAAGUGUAUGACAGAGGGGGUGAGAAGGCAAUUAAGGAGGGAGGAAAUGGAGGUCCAAGUUUUGGCUCCCCCAUGGACAUUUUUGACUUGUUCUUUGGAGGAGGGGGACGCAUGCACAGGGAGAGUAGAGGAAAGAACGUGGUGCAUCAGUUGACCGUGUCUUUGGAGGACCUUUAUAAUGGAGCCACCAGGAAACUUGCUGUCCAGAAGAAUGUAAUCUGUGACAAGUGUGAAGGUCGUGGAGGCCGUAAAGGAGUGAUAGAAGUGUGUCCUUUGUGUCGUGGGGUGGGUGUCCAGGUCAGACUACAUCACUUAGCACCUGGCAUGGUGCAGCAGAUAUCAACAGUCUGUUCCGGCUGUCAGGGGCAAGGUCAGCGACUUGGUCACCGCGACCGUUGCAAAACAUGCGCUGGUCGCAAGAUACUACGACAGAAGAAGAUUCUUGAUGUGCACAUUAAUAAAGGUAUGAAAGAUGGACAGAAAAUAGUGUUCCAUGGGGAGGGCGACCAGGAGCCUGGCCUUGAACCUGGAGACAUUAUUAUUGUCUUGGAUCAGAGAGCACACCCGGUUUUCACCAGACAAGCAGAGGACCUCAUCAUGAACAUGGAGCUACAGUUGGUAGAGUCAUUAUGUGGUUUUCAAAAACCUGUUAAAACACUGGACAACAGAACUCUACUCAUCACAUCCCAUCCAGGGGAGUUGAUCAGACCUGGGGAUAAGAAAUGUGUUCUGAAUGAGGGGAUGCCAAUGCACCGUCGGCCAUUUGAGAAAGGGAAACUCAUCAUCCUUUUCAGUGUUGUCUUCCCUGAAGAGAACUUCCUCCCAUUAAACAAACUAAAGGAAUUAGAAAGGUACUUACCUGAAAAACAGGCAAAUAUUGAGCCUGACGGCAUGGAUGAUGACCUCUAUAUAUACGCUGACCUUGAAGACUGUGAUCUGACCCAUGAACGCCACCAUUACCACUAUAUAGAGGAGGAAGACUUUAACCCAUCUGGAGGUGUCCAGUGCCAAACCUCGUAGAGAUUCCUGUUCCCUUACCC